GGUGGAAAUGGGCUGUCUGACGGGGAGUUCUAAUGGACAAUUUCCUGAAGCCUGAGGACGGAUAAGCUUCCUUGGGUCUGGCAGUCUAGCCUCUCCAGGUCACGAAGAUUCACCCAUGCCCUGCCCUGGUCAGUGACUGGGAGUUUGGAGUCGUGGACACAGAAUACCUUGCCAGCUCUUGCUCCUGUUCCUGCUCCUGCUUCUGCUGCUCCUGAACAUGACUCCCUCCUCUCAGGGGCCAUGGCCCAUCCCUGAUGAUUCUGAGCAAUGAAGCCCUAACCCUUCCAGCUGAGACGAACACAUGCAGGUGGCCUCCAUGGAGCCUUUGUACCCGGCCUUUACACCUAGCUGGAACACCUCGGCUGCCAGCCCUGGAGACAACCACAAUGGGACACCGGUAGGGGCAGCACCAUCAGCAGGGGCCCGGGCAAUAUUGGUGCCCUUGCUGUACCUGCUAGUGUGCACUGUGGGGCUGGGCGGCAACGGGCUGGUCAUCUAUGUGGUGCUGCGACACGCUAAGAUGAAGACGGUCACUAACGUAUAUAUCCUCAACCUGGCAGUGGCUGAUGUGCUACUUAUGCUGGGCCUGCCCUUCCUAGCUACACAGAACGCUGUGUCCUAUUGGCCCUUUGGCCCCUUCCUGUGUCGUCUGGUCAUGACGCUGGAUGGUAUCAACCAGUUCACUAGCAUCUUCUGCUUGACCAUCAUGAGCAUUGACCGCUACCUGGCUGUAGUCCAUCCACUCCGCUCUGCCCGUUGGCGCCGCCCACGAGUGGCCAAGCUGGCCAGUGCUGCUGUCUGGUCCUUCUCGCUGCUCAUGUCCCUGCCACUGCUGGUCUUCUCCAACGUGCAGGAGGGUUGGGGGACCUGCAACCUCAGCUGGCCAGAGCCUGCGGAACUAUGGAGUGCUGCCUUCAUCACCUACACAUCUGUGUUGGGUUUCUUCGGGCCGCUGCUGGUCAUCUGCCUCUGUUACCUGCUCAUUGUGGUGAAGGUGAAGGCUGCAGGUGUGCGUGCUGGAUCCUCAAGGGCGCGGCGAUCUGAGCGCAGGGUGACCCGCAUGGUGGUAGUCGUGGUGCUGGUCUUUGUGGGCUGCUGGUUGCCCUUCUUCAUUGUCAACAUUGUCAACCUGGCCUUUACACUGCCUGAGGAGCCCGCCUCCGCCGGCCUCUACUUCUUUGUAGUGGUCCUGUCCUAUGCCAACAGCUGCGCUAACCCACUACUCUAUGGCUUCCUCUCUGACAACUUCCGCCAGAGCUUCCGGAAGGUUCUGUGUGUCCGUGGGAGCUAUGGUAUGGAGGAUGCUGAUGCCAUGGAGCCACGGCCAGACAAGAGUGGGCGGCUACAGGAGAUCACGCUGCCUCCCACCCGCAACUGCCAGACAAAUGGGCACAUGCAGACCAGCCGGCUAUGAGAGCCACCUGCGUCUUUCAGGGACUACCUAAUGCCAUCUGCCUGUGAGGGACUGUGCUGAGGUAUCCAUUCCUGGGCUGCAACUCAGAUACUCCUUGGCAGUGGCAUAAAGAAAGGAGCUGCUGGGGCAGAGCCGUGGGUGGACACAGAGCAAUCAGCAUCCUGCAGUGAUCAUGUCACUCCACCAGCCCUUUUUCCUAUGUGGGUCAAUUCUGGAACCUUGAGGGACUCAGCUUUGUCCCCAGAAAUGUCUGGCAUCGCCAGCCCUGCCUUAGCCUAUCCUGUCUCAAUGUCCACGCCACAGGAGCCAGUCGCAGCAUUCUUCUUGACUAGAAUGAGGUGGUAACCACCCACCCAGAGGCCUUGCUGCAUGUGCCCUUCAUCAUAGGAGCUCUGUGUCACCCAGUCAGCACCUGAGUGCUACUCUGUAGAAUUAAAGCCACCUGAAUGCACUCAGCUCUAGCCUCCAUUCACUGGAGCUCCCAGGGUCCAGGCAACAGAGGGCAGCAAGUGCAAUGCUAGGCUGACUCUGGAGAGCUUAGGGUCCCCUGGGGUCCUAGAGGGAACACUGUCUUCAGGGCGCUACCCUUCUGUCAACUUGGAUGGGGAAGACACAGGGAUGGGCACCCUGGGAUGAGCUCUGUCCAGCUGGCAGCAUCUGAUAGAAGUUCUUGAGGUUUGGAGGAUGUGAGGACAUGUAGAGGACCCUACAGGUCCCAUUGGGUUGAUCAGGAUCUCUGGCCAGAAGAAGGAGCAGGACAGACGGAUGGGGUUUGGGAGAAACCUGCCUCCCAGCGCAGAUGGUAUAGCCUGGGAAGAUGGUGCUGUGUGGAUGGACGCAAAUGCCAAGUACUGGGCCCUGAGGAUCUGCCCCCAGUAUUAGGCUUACUCCCUAGCCCAGGAUUCUGCUACCAAGGCCAGGAGUGGAGCCCUGAGAAUUCUUGUGUGUUGACCUUGCUAGGGCCCCCAGGAUAUCUUGACUUCUCUCUGGAAGAAGUCAGCUGCAUAGUCAUCUUGCUCAGGACAGCUCUGCUUGAUGCUGCCUAGGCCUCUCAAGAAGAUGCAGGGGCCAGGUGUAGCAGGAUAGGACAGGGUAAAGCCAGAUCAGGGCUGCUGGGUCUCUGAUGUGAUACUCAGACGGCUGAUCCUGGAACAUGUUCUGCGUACCAAAGGCGCUUGUGUUUGACAAACUGCUCCCUGAAUAAAUUAGAGAAUAAAUGUUUGAUUCUUUCCCAAAGCAAAUAUUGUCCCUGUAACUGAGCAAAGUCGGCAUAAACUAGAACACUUUAUAGAUAUAAGACUUCCCUUGCCCCGGCAAGCCAAAUCCUGACAAGGUAGGGUAGGGGUAGCCAGACCCAGGUACAAGUAGGGAGGAGGGCAGCUAAACAGUGAGGCAGGUGGUUAAACAGGAUUCACUGAAAGGUGGGUGCUGUCAGGGCUCCGGCCAGAGUCUGUGCCGAAGUCACCAGUAGUUGGUGACAAAACCCACUCCGAUACACUGGGGCUGGUGUCCCAUGGAGGACAAGUGUUCCCAUGGAGAAACCAAGGCUUGUCAUCUCCUAAUCACCCUCAAGCCCUCUGGGGUUUGGAUGCAAAGUGCAUAUGCUCUGAAUGCAUUAGGAGGGCAAGCAGAUGGCUUAGACAUUUCUGCUCAGAUCACCUUCUGCAGACUGAUUUGACUUUAAGCCCUCCUUCCUCAUGGUUGGCCAGCCUGAGACCAUGGCAUUUGCCUGUCCAUAUGUGUCAUCUGUGGAGGGAAUGGAAUGGGAUUGAGACCAGCCUCAUAGUGACCUGGCAAUAGCUGGAAUAUACUUCUCAGUGGAUCCUGGUUCUUCUGGGAGUUCCCUGCACCCUACGAACCCUGCUUCUCGCCUGGUCAACCAGAAGCCCUGUGGGCCCUGUGGUUUCAGCCAGACCCAGGGACUUAUUUCCUUUUGUCUCACAAACCAACCUUGAACCUCCCACAGGGCCAGUCUGGUCCCCAGGCUACAUGCAGUUCAUUUGCUGGCCUCUGCUUGUGACCUUACCCUGGUCAAGUGCAACUGCUCUCCUCAUUCGUCCUCUGUGGUUUUGCCUUACUGGGCAACAGGGGUCAGUAAGCUCCCAUCGGGAGCUGGAUCACCUCUUACUACCUGCAGCCCCUGGGCCUGGUAGACCCCUGGGAUGUGUGUCCUCCUGGAACAGCAACGGUAUUCACCUACUGUACCCAACAGUAAAGCUCUGGCCAAGGAGUACAGCAUGCA